CAGAAACAGAAUAGAGAACUAAAACCAGUAUAGUGUUCUGAACAUGGUCACACACACGGUUAUUCAAAAUCUUCAGAUACAGUAUGUUCUUUAGGAUGCUUGUGAUAGAAUUCAGUCCUAAAAAAAAGAACUGGUUGUUUAUACCACCUGAAUUCAUUUGCGUCUGCUGUUCGUCUCAUACAGGAGGUGAUAUGUCAGAAGAAUAUGACAUGUGCCGCUAACUACACGUUCAUCCCAUACAUGGUGACGCCUCAGAAUAAGGUGUAUUGCUGUGAGAGCAGUCUGAUGAAGGGUUUGAGUGAACUGAUGCAGCCCAGCUUUGAGGCCCUGCUGGGGCCCAUCUGUAUGCCACUGCUGGACAGACUCACUCAACUGCUCACCAGCUGCAAGACCAACACCUGCCAGUACUUCCGUGAGACGGUUCUGAAUGAGAUUCGUAAGGCGCGAGAGCUUUACACCGGAGCAGAGCUAGCGGCUGAGCUCAGACGGAUCCAGCAGCGGCUCGAUAACGUGGAGUGUCUUUCAGCUGAUGUCGUCAUCAACCUCCUUCUGUCAUACAGAGAUAUUCAG